AUGAACGUAGCUGCGGGGCCAAAAUUAGCUGCUGCAGUAACAAACGCUGGAGGUCUAGGAGUUCUUGGUGGCAUAGGCUACACACCAGAAAUGCUUCGUGAACAGAUAGAUGAGUUAAAGUCCUUCCUAACCGACAAAAACGCACCAUUUGGUGUAGACCUCUUAAUUCCUCAAGUUGGUGGAAGCGCUCGAAAGACAAAUUACGAUUAUACUAAGGGCAAACUCGACGAGUUAAUUUCAAUCAUUAUUGAAAGUGGCAGCAAACUCUUUGUUUCAGCAGUUGGCGUUCCUCCUAAGCGCGUUGUCGAUAGACUCCACAGUGCAGGAGUACUCUAUAUGAAUAUGAUCGGACAUCCCAAGCAUGUUAGAAAAUGUCUUGACUUAGGUGUCGAUAUUAUCUGCGCUCAGGGUGGCGAAGGUGGUGGACAUACUGGAGAUGUCCCUACAACAGUCUUGAUACCAGCAGUUGUUGCAAUGUGCAAGGGAAAAACAAGUCCUAUGACUGGUAAACCUGUGCAGGUUGUUGCAGCCGGUGGUAUUUACAACGGUCAGACAGUUGCUGCAGCCCUGAUGAUGGGUGCCAAUGCCGUCUGGGUCGGAACUCGCUUUAUACUUACCGAUGAAGCUGGUGCUUCAAAGGCACACCAAGAAGCUGUUGCAACAGCGGGUCAUGAUGAUAAUGUACGCACAAUUAUAUUUUCGGGAAGGCCACUGAGAGUUCGGACAAACCCAUACAUCCAGAAUUGGGAAGAAAAUCGAGCUGCUGAGAUAAAAGAGCUCACCAAAAAGGGCAUAAUCCCCGUUGACCAUGAUAUUGAAUCCCUGGGAGAUAAUAUUGACGAUGAGACUAUGGAUUAUUCACGGCCGUUCCUCAUGGGCAAGGCUGCAGCAGUGAUUCACGAAAAGAAAAGUGCUAAAGCUCUUGUUGAUGAGCUAGUGAGUGAUGCGGUUGCAUGCAUUCGGAAUGGAGAAAAGAUCAUUGCAAAGCUCUGA